AUGUCAAAUCCAAACGUGUAUUAUCGGAAUAGAGAAUUAUACACUCUAUCAUGGAACAUUUCAAAUUUACAAAACUACAUCAUUUCAAUCUCAAAAUUCACAAAGACAAUUGCAUUACACAAGUAUAAAACUGAAAUCAAUGAUAUCAAAGACUCUACUAUUGCAACAGAUAUUGAAAUAUAUACAGGUUCUGGGAAUUUAUUACAUUCUAUAAAUUGGAAUAAUCAUGUUAAUGGUCGUAUAAUAGAUCUUGGUUGGACUAUUGAUGAAAAACUUGUUGUUUUGUUACAGAAUGGUCAUGUUAGGGUGUAUUAUGAUUUUGAAGGUGGGUUUAAUGAAUAUUCAGUUGGGUAUGAUGCUCAAUUAAUUGGUGUUAAAUCAUUUAAAGUUGUACGGAACGUUAUAUUUAUAAUUUUAAAUGAUUUUAAAUUGAUUUAUAUCGAUUUAACAAAUAAUAUUUCAAUACAUUCCAAAGUUUUAAAAGAUAUAAGGCAAGAAAUUACAGGGGAUUCAUUGAAAUUUAGAGAUUGGGAUAUAAUAAUUGAUGAUGAAUCUUUCGAAAUUCUUAUAAGUAUAAACAAAGAAAUUUAUUCAAUACCAAAAUUCGGUAACAUGGUUAAAAAAUCCAUUGAUGGACCAUUUCAUAAGAUUAGUAUAUCAAGUAACAAUCAAUUUGUUUCAUUAUACCAUGGAAAACUAAAUAAAAUCUUUGUUGUUACUUCAAAUUUUAAUAAAUCACUUUUUGAUUUCCAAUUAGAUUCAAAUCAACCUCCUGUUUCACAAAUCAAUUGGUGUGGUUCAGAUGCUAUUGCUCUAGGUUAUUAUGAUACUUUAAAAUUAAUAGCACCUGGUGGUUCAAUUGAUUUUUAUUUAAACCCUGAUUAUCAAAUAUCAAAUGAAUUAGAUGGUUUAACCAUAUUAAAUGAAUCUUCAUUAGAAUUCUUAAGUAAAGUAGCUAAUGAAACUGUGGAAUGUUUUAAAAUUGGUUCAACUUCCAAAAGUUCAAUCCUAUUAGAUUCUGUUGAUAAAUUAAAUAAACAUUCCCCCAAGGCAAAUGAAAAUUUAACAAUAAUUGGAUCGGAUGAAAAUUUAAAUCAUGCAGUUAAAACAUGUAUUUCUGCAUCAUUAGAAGAAUUUGAUUCUUAUUGGCAAAAAAAAUUACUUAAAGCUGUUUCAUUUGGGAAAUCUUCUCUAGAAUUAAAAAGUGAAUUUUCAAAUACAAGACAUUUCCUGAAAACUUGUGAUGAUUUGAGGAUUUUGAAUAAUAUAAGAUCACCCGAGGUUGGGUUAUUCUUGACAUCAUUUGAAUAUAAUCAUUUAGGUAUUGAAACCGUGAUAAAACUCCUUGUGAAAAGACAACAAUUUUAUGAAGCAUUCCAAAUAUCAAAAUUUUUAAAAUUACCAAUUGAUUUAAUCUUUAUAAAUUGGGCAUGUGUUAAGAUUAAAUAUAAUCCAAAUUUAAAUGAUGAAGAAUUAUCACAACAAAUAACAACAAAAUUCCAAACUUUUAAUAAUAAUUCAUAUAUAUCAUUUGAAUCAAUUGCCACGACUGCAUUCCAAGAAGGUCGUUCAAAUUUAGCCAAAAUUUUAAUAAAUUUUGAAUCAUUAUUUACAAAACAAAUCCCAUUAUUAUUAACCAUGGAGGAACAUGAAUUAGCUUUACAAAAAGCUUGUGAUUCACAAGAUACAGAUUUAUUACUCGAGACUUUAUUAAUAUUAAAACAAACAUUAUCAUUACCUGUUUUUUUCAAAUUAUUGAAUCAUUUUAAAAUUGCAUCAAAUUGUUUUGAAUUUUUUUUUACAAAUGAUGAAGUUUUAAUUUUUGAUUUUUUGAAUCAGGCAGAUCGUACUAUUGAUAUUGCAAAUUAUGAUUUGAAAAAAACAUUGACCCAUACCACACAAGUUCCAUUUGAGAAACAGAUUGAAGUAUUGAAUAAAGCUAUUAAUGCCUAUAGUUUAAUGAGGAAAAAUUCAAAUGAUCAUAAACAAUUAGAAAAACAAUUAAAAUUAUUACAAUUACAAGAUUCAUAUACAAAUGAAUUUAAUAUUGAAUUCCAAGGAUUAUCUAUAGUUGGUACAUUAGAAAAAUUAAUUUUAUUAAAUCAAAAUAAUAAGAUUAAUGCAUUUAUGAAAAAUUUUAAAAUUUCAGAAAAGAAAUUCCAAUAUAUAAAAUUAAAUUUUCUUAUCAAGAAUGAAAAAUUUGAUGAAUUAUAUGAAUGGUCAAAUAAUCAAAAAUUAAGUAUUGGAUCAGAGCCUAUAAUUCAAAAAUUAAUAUCAUCAAAUCAAUCAUCAAUGGCUUUAAAAUUGAUUCAUAGAUCAAAUUUAUCAUAUUCUAACAAAAUGGAAUAUUUGAUAAAAUUAAAAGAUUUUAAAAAUGUCAUUGAAGAAGCUUUUCAUAAAAAAGAUUUAGAAUUAUUAGAAAGAAUUGAAAUGGAUGUUGAAACUCCAAGAUUAAAAGAAUUAUUACAAGAUUAUAAAUCAAAAUUACAAACUACAACAAGAUUUUUUUGA